GAAAACUACAGAACAGCUUCGUUCGUUUCGUUUUCGCUUCAACAAAAUAAAUGUUUAAAUUGAUAUAAAAUCUACUCAAAAUAAUAAAUUUAUUAAAAUAAAAUCUAGACUAAACAUGAUUAAAGCAAUUUUAGUAUUCAACAAUCAUGGCAAACCUAGACUAUCAAAGUUUUAUCAAUAUUUUAAUGAAGACAUGCAACAACAAAUAAUAAAAGAAACAUUUCAACUGGUAUCCAAACGCGACGACAAUGUUUGUAACUUUUUAGAAGGCGGAAGCUUGAUUGGAGGCUCAGAUUAUAAGCUUAUCUACAGGCAUUAUGCCACUCUAUAUUUUGUCUUCUGUGUUGACUCAUCCGAAAGUGAAUUGGGCAUCUUGGAUCUGAUUCAAGUUUUUGUCGAAACUCUGGAUAAAUGUUUUGAAAAUGUAUGCGAACUUGAUUUGAUAUUUCAUGCUGAUGCCGUGCAUCACAUUCUUGCCGAAUUGGUGAUGGGCGGAAUGGUUCUGCAGACAAAUAUGUCUGAUAUUUUAGCAAGGAUAGAAGAACAAAAUAAAUUGGUUAAACAGGAGGCUGGCUUAUCAGCAGCACCAGCUAGAGCAGUUAGUGCCGUCAAAAGUAUGAACAUUCCACAGCAGAUCAAGGACAUCAAGCUUCCAGAUUUGCCUCAAGCCAUUAAAGACUUGAAAUUCUGACCGGGUCAUUCAGGCUUCGAUAAUGUAGUCCUCCAUCGCUUUGCGUCCUCCUCACAAAAUGUGUACUUGCCAAUCGAUUCCAGCAUCUCAUCGUCGGCAUUCAAUUAUGAUUACUAUCAAUCUCAGGCCCCAAUGGAUAAUGAAAAAUCACUAUCCUCUUCGAUAUUGAUGUCGUCACAAUUAAAAAAGACCCCUACUGGACCGCCAUCCAAAUCAAUGUCACAUCCAUUGGGUUUCUUCGAGACAACCGAACAAAGUGAACCAUUGCGUUCUUUAUCGUCCGAUUUUACAUCUCAUCAGUCGUCGUCGUCAUCACAUCUGGAUAAUGAUAAUCCAAUGUCAAUUUUGGGAAUAAACAACACCAAUGCCGAUGGCACAAACUUUUACAAAAAGUACACAUAAAUUAAAAAUAUAUAUAUAAAAAAGAAAAUCUCACAGCCAAAGGAGGAGGAUGUUCUUUUUUUUCCAUUGCAUCAAAUUACUUUAUGAAAUAAAUAAGAAGCUUAAAGCUAUUUAACUAUAAGAAAAUUUAAAAAGAAAUCAAAAUAAUAGAAGACAUAUUUAUAUAUAUAAAUCUAA